AUGAUUAGUAAUGACAUGUUUUAUCACAUCAACACAACUGAUCCCACAAAUGGACAAACAGUCAGACAAUUGUGGAAAAUAAAUGAGACUAUUAUUAGACAUCCAAACAUAGCAGACGUUAUGCCAAACUAUAAGAGUGCCAUCGAUUCUACAGAUAUUCUCAAAUAUAUGGAAAAUUACAUGUUUUGGGAAGUGGACACUCAGAUAACUGCAGUAAUGGUAGACAUCGACCACACAUACGACUCGUGUAUCGCCGGCAAUAUAACGGACAAUACAUAUCUUAAAGGAUAUUUUUGCGACCAAAUAAUUGCCACUCGAAAGGACCCCUAUUCCGAGUUUUUAUGCGUUUACACCACAUAUAAACAAAUGCCCGGCAUUUCCGCCACACAAUCUGUUUAUGGUCUAAAGAUUAUUCACUACAAUAGGAUGACUAAUAAGAUUUAUUACGACACUCGCCACCCAUUUCAACAAUUGAUGCAAAUCUGUAAUAAAACUUAUGAAGUUUUGCUCAAAGAGGCCCAAAAGUUGGCAAACUUACCCAAAACAACCGCUUUAUUGCCAAUAAGUAACAGUAACGGAACAGAUGUGGAGAAGGGGUUUGAGAGGAAUGUCAUUAUAUUUGAGAAGUCGGCGACAGAAAACUUUUUGGUGCAUUUGGAUACCUCACACUUGCAGACCGGCGUUGCGGUUGUAUUGAAAGAAUAUAUCCAUCAUAUGAUCCGUUUGCAUGAAAUGGACCGUUUGAUCGCAUUACCCAUCAUUGCCGACAUUAACGCUACUAUAUAUCAAGCGAAACUACAACUCAAACAAAUUUUUCGCUGCUUCGAAGAGGCCGUGCUUUUAGAUCCGCACGUGUUUUGCUCGAAAAAACAAAAGUAUGAUUCAGUUUUCACUCUCGGAGUCGACUCUUAUAUCAAAAAAGACGGAAACUUUUGGCGAAUGAAUUCAAUGGGAUUCACACGACAAUCAAAUCCCAACUUAACAGACGAUUCACUCAUUAAUUUGAGUUUUGAAUCCCAUUUCACGGAUUUGUUAGAAAGGGAUGGCUUUGAUACAUAUCAACCCAUUCAUGGCUUUACAUACAAACCACACUAUAGUGACGAAUGCUUUGAAUCUGACACAACUUGUAAUACAUUCUUCCAGAGCUCACCAUUUCAUUAUCGUCUCUGCGUUUAUGGGUUUAAACCGUCACUACAUGAGAGCGGAGUUCACCCACACAUCAAAUCCUAUCGAUACUCGACUUCUAGUAUUCAUUCCAAACGUGAAAAAGAUUUGUGUUCAGCCGUUUGGCUUAGAGUAGACACGUAUCCCAAUAAAGAUUAUACCGUUGUGUCCGCGGUUUCCAACCCGUCCUCAGGAGUUAAUGAUGUAAUAAUUGUAACGCAUUCUAAGACACACUCGAAAUGGAAAUUACAUCGAGUGGUUUGGGCUUUCGAUUCUACCUCAUCUCAAAUCUCCGUUAAUAAGACACAAGACUUUAUUAUACUUUGGUUUAAAUCUUUGUUUAAUAAAAACGGAAACAUUUAUGGAUACGGGAAGACAAACGACGGCACGUUAUAUGAUAUGUCAAUUAAAGACAAUAAUUAUGAUUUUAGGCUUUCUUCGGAGGAAUUGAAAGACCUGUUCACGUGUCCGCACAAACAUACUUAUCCUGCGUUAAGUAAUCGAAGAAAAGGUUUUCAAAAUAAUGAUUCAUUCUUACGGUCAGACACGAGAGAACGUGUCGUCGGAUAUACAGUGGACUACGAUUUUGCCUCAAAAGUGAGAAACGGAUCGGAAACACAUGAAGUGAGCUCUAUUGCCAUUACAUUUGGUUCGGUGUCAGCGAUAGUCCCCAGCAAUCAGUCGAUCACAGCUAUCGGCGCUUCCUAUUGGAAGUCGCAGUCAUACAUGUAUUGGCUCACAAACCCUAUGCACUUACGGGCCUUCUAUUAUGUCUCAGACACCAAAUGGAGAUUUUUGUUUCCUUUUGAGCAUAACUUCGAUAUUAAUUUCUGGAAUGAAAGCAAAGCCACUCUUAACGGGAAAGUCGUCGGAUUUUUUACUCUUGAAUCCGACAAAACGCCAAUCAUUUACGCUCUCAUUGAACAGUCUAUUUACGGACAAAAUACUCUCAGAAUUUAUGAAAUCACAGUUUACAACAAAAAUAUAGAUCGACUAAAUUCACGACCAUUUGAUCACUUGAGGCUGAGCGGCAGUUAUAUCUCAAAGUUAUGCCACACAUCUGCCGCAAGCAUUGAAUCCCAGGGACCGACAAUUUAUACCUUUAUUUUUAUAAUUCUGGCACUCAUUCUUAUUAUUGUCUCUCUAAUCGUCGCAUUCCUGGCCUAUCGUUUCGAUCAAUCAAAACAAACCGAUAAUACGGACAAAACAAAAGCCAAUUAA